ACUUUUCAAACGACCUUGAGAGAUGAGAAUUCAAAUAGAUGCCAUUGAUGAAGGGAGAUUGAUUACUGCUCAUUCCUUGUUAUUCUUAUCAUUGUCUUAGUUCUACUGGGAUACUGGAGUUGCUAUCAUUUAACUGCCAAUUUUGCUCUAAACAUGUUGCAAGAUGAUCAGGAACCCAUCCUGAUUGCGGAGUUGCAGAGCAUUAGAUUUUCAUAUCUUCUUUAUGCAAAAUAUUGAAUUCACCAAGUUCUUGACCAUUAUGUCCAUAAAUGAAGUUGUCAACAUUUUUAUUAACUCCCUGUAGAGGAUGCUUCAAAAAACUUGUUGGUUGUGUAUCUGUUGCAUGGACAUCAGAGGUGCUCUGAUACAGAUAGGUGGUGCUGACAACUUGAACUUGGGAUCCAUUUGCAGAUCUACUGAAUACUCCUACCCUAAUGUAUCUUUGAUCAUUGUAACUUUGCUUGGCUCAUGUAUGAUAUCAUGUGAUCAAUUUUUUUCUUCACUUUUCUCUUAUUAUUGCUAAAAUGCCCCAGUUAGGUGAUGUAAAACUAUAACAAAUACGCACAUCAAACGAGGAAGAGGAUGACCAAAAAAAGACAGGCCGCAGCACGAGCACAUCGCAUUGGAUCAAAACCGGAUUUUCUUCUUGAUGGUAAUUGGCAUCCUGUAAUAGAUUGGGUUGAGAAGGAUCCUGAAAUCGAUCCUGAAGAGCUAGCAAAGAUUAAGACUGCUUAUGUCGGAAACCUUCCAAAAGAUGCUGAUGAAGAUUUCCUAAGGAAGAUGUUUGAUCCACUAGGAAAGAUUGAGAAGGUUGCAGUUUCACGAAAAGGCCCCUACCCAGUCGGAUUUGUCCACUUUGCUAGACGCUCAGAUCUGGAUUAUGCAAUCAGGGAAAUGGAUGGGCAAAUAGUACAGGGACCCUAUAGAGGGCCAAAGUUCAAAAUCCAGGUUGCAGUUGCAAGGCCUGUCGUGAUGGGGAAACGUCCUCACAUUGAGCUGAAAAGUAAACCUCCUAGUGAGGCUGGAGUUCUACCUCAUUCAUAUGAAGACCUCACUUCAGAUUCAUUUGAACGUAAAUCAAAGGCACUUAGACUUACUAACCAGGCCUAUGAUGAUGGUGUGGGUCCAUAUGAGGCAACUGUCAUCACCUUACCGGCAGCUGUUAAAGAACGCCUUCUUCGAUUGUUUCGUCGGGGGCUUGCUACUCGAUUUGAUUUGGAUCUUGAUUGCAUCACAAGUUUGAAAGAGCUUCCUGGAUCUUUAGCGACGGCUAUUCUUGAUCAGUUUAUGAUAUCAGGUACUGAUAAGCGUGAUAAGAGAGCAUACUUUAUGUCAUUGCUUUCUAAGGUUGACAGGUUUGCAAGAGGCAACCCACUGUACCAGACACAGAAGUCAAUCGACUAUUUGCCCGAAGAAUCUGAGCUGACUAGUCUACCGGCUCCAGUUCUUUUAGAAGAAAUUGAUCAUCCCAGUCCUAGGUACAGAAUUUCACCACCAGCACGAUACGCUUCUAACUCUUCACUUUAUGAUAGUCCACCGCGCUCUCGACAAAGUGUCGGAAGACUGAUAGAAGCAGCGCCUUCAUCAUAUAGCCGUCCAAUCUCCCCAGCGCGAUAUCGCUCUGCUGCAGGAUCAAGCAUUCGACUCGACCCUGAGAAAUAUCCCGCUGAGCGUCGGCAAAUAAGGUUUGAUCCUUUCACCGGCGAGCCCUACAAGUUCGAUCCAUUCACAGGAGAGCUGAUAGGGUCAGAACCGCGCAGCCGACAUUCAGGGAGCUACUUCUGAUCUCUCACGCAGUGCUGCUCAGUAAUAAUAUUUGUGAGUGCCAUAAAAUUACAUUCAUUGAAAUGCCUAAUCUUACGCUGGAGUA